CCCUAAAUUUCAGCCUAUAUAACUCUACCUAAAAGUAUCACCCAUUUGAUCACCCUCUCUCUCUCUCUCUCUCUCUCUCUCUCUCUCUCUCAAAAGAUGGAAAUAAUCAAGCGAUCAGCGGAAAUUAAGCUAGUUUAGUUUUAGAGUAUUUAAUUCUAUAUGGUUUCCCUUCAAGCCUCUCUCUCCUAGACAUGAGAAAAACGACAACCCCUGAGUUAGAGGAUUCAUCAAACAAGAGAAAGUUGGAAAAGCCACUAGGUGAUGAAAAGUUUGACUUGGAGCUACACCUCGAGACUCCAUUACCUUUGGAAUGGCAAAGAUGUCUUGACAUUCAGUCAGGGCAGAUACACUUUUACAAUACGAGGACCCAUACGAGAACUUCAAAGGAUCCAAGGAGAAGCCCUGAACCCCAAAGCCCUGCUGGUCACAUGAGGUUAGACCUUGAGUUAAACCUACCAUGCGAUUCAGCAAGGAAAAUUGAUGCAACUGAUCAUCAUCACAAAUUCAACAAGGACAACUCUGUUAGCCCAACGAGGGGUGGCUCAGUUGAUAAGAAGAUCAACUCCUUAUCAGGAGGAUUAACGCAGAACCUUUCUUGGUUGGCAGUGGAGGUGGAUAAUGAGCAAGAACAGCAAGAGAUGGUAGCCACAGCGUGCAUGCGGUGCCACAUGUUGGUGAUGCUAUGCAAGUCAUCACCUGUAUGCCCUAACUGCAAAUUCAUGCACCCACCAGACCAAGUCCCUCCAAAACUAUUCAAGCAAAGUCCUAGCCUCCUGUGCUAGUGAGGAUCAUCAAGUUCUUAAGUUUAGCACAACAUCCACUCCGACGUGCGUUAAAAUUUGUAUUUCUCAAUUCCUCUUGAAAAGCUAAAUAGUCUGCUGCCCAGAGGUUUUAACUGAUAUAUAUAUAUAUAUAUAUAUAUAUAUAUAUGCUUCUUAAUCAGUUAAUCUCCAAAUGAAAAAUGUCUACCGAGAGAGAAAGAGUGAAAGAAACUAACUUAUAUAGUGCACUGACUUGUAUGGUAUAGAUACGGUAACGCUUUGUAUUUCUUAUUUUCUUUAAGCAAUCUGAUAUUAUGGUGUGUAAGAAAAUGGUGUCUCACUGAAUUCCAGCAAUUCAAUUUGCAAUUAAAAAAUCU